CAUAUUCGUUGAAAUAACAAAUGAAAUUUGCAACAUUGCUAAUAACUCAAGAUAUUAUAGUGUUUUCCGCCCAGAACCUCAAAUCAAAUCUGUCAGCUGGCAUGUUUAUGUUUUUAAUUUUAAUAAUAUACGGUAUUUUUUUAAUUAACAGAAAUACACACUCAAGUUUACGAUUUUUGUUUUAAAAUCUCGUCAAGUACGUAGUGCUGUAGAGGACCUUCAAUUGAUUGCAGGAAAACUCUUCAGUUGAUUUUGUAGCUGCAUUUGGGAGAGACAAAAAUACUACCAUUGGCUAUCUAUUUGAAAUCCUUGCCAUAGAACAAGCAGCAGACCAAUAAAUGUUUUGAAUUCUUCCUUGCUGAUGUCAUUGUCUUUAUCAAGUGCAAAAAUGGCUAGCCCAAAACGUUACUUCAUAAAUAGUUUGAGUGAUUUUACCAGUGGAACUGUUGCUGUACCAAAAGAUAUUUUAAAAAGAAAAUGCUUGAAUUAUAUUCAACACAUCUUGAGUAAACAAGGUACAACUUUUGAUGACUGUGAUGGUGGACUCUAUGUUGGACUCAUUGGUAUCAGUUAUAUGUGUUAUUAUGUUUCUCAACAUCCUGAAUUUCAAGAAUAUAAAGAUGAUUAUUUACAGAAAGGUCAAGAGUAUUUAAACCAUGCUAUUUCUUAUGCCAAUCAUCCUCGUGUCAAAUCGGAUAAAUCUAUGCAGUCUGCUUUUCUCUUAGGAAAUAGUGGAACUUUUGCAGUUGCAGCUGCAGUGAUGAAAGCUGUUUAUAAGGAAUCAGAGUAUAACAUGUUUUUAAAUUCAUUUGCUAGUCUUGCAGAUAACUGUAUUCCAAUUAAUUUUUUGAGAUGUGGAUCAGAUGAAUUAUUUGUUGGCAGAGCUGGUUACUUAUGCGGAACCUUGUUUCUGCAAAAAACAUUUGGGAAAAAUAUUGUACCUGAAGAGAAAAUUGAAGCACUGUGUAAAUCCAUUGUCACAGCUGGACUUACUUAUUCUAGAAAAGUGAAUUCACCAUGUCCUUUAAUGUAUGCUUAUUACGACACCGAAUAUUUAGGAGCUGCUCAUGGUUUAUGUGCUAUUCUUCAAAUGCUUUUGAGUUUUCCAAGCUAUUUGGAAAAAAAUCCAUCAGAUGAAGAAGUCGUUAAACGGUCUGCUGAUUUUCUUCUUAAGCUUCAAACUAACAAUGGGAAUUUUCCUUGUGCAAUGGAUGAAGUACAAUAUCCUAGACCAGAAUCUGAUGAACUCGUUCAUUGGUGUCAUGGAGCACCAGGUGUGGUCUACUUGAUGGCUAAAGCUUUUUUGAGGUGGAAAGAAGAAAAAUAUUUAAAAUCAUGUUUACUGUGUGGUGAAAUUGUUUGGAAGAAAGGACUUUUGAGGAAAGGGCCAGGCAUUUGUCAUGGUGUUGCUGGAAGUGGCUAUGUAUUUCUUCUUUUGUAUCGCCUCACAAAUGAUGCUAAACAUUUGCAUCGAGCUAUUCAGUUUGCCAUGUUUCUUUUUGAGGAUGAAUUUAAAGCUGCUCGGGUUCCUGACAAACCAUUAAGCUUAUAUGAAGGACUUGCAGGAACUGUAUGCUUUUUAGCUGACAUUCUUCAACCUGAAAAGGCUCAUUUUCCAUUUUUUGAUGUCUUUUGAGACAGAAUUUGCUGUAAUAUUAUGUGCUUUGGGUUAUAAAUGUCCUUUAUGUAGCUUUGAUUAAAAUUAUAGCAUGUUUCGUAAUUUUUGCAAUUGCUGAAGUUUUAUUUCAGGAACAUGCUAAUAACAUUACAGACUGAUAUGCAGAUAAAUUAAUGAAAUUGACAAAAUUUUCAGAAUUUUUUUAAAAAUAUUAUAAAAUACUAAAUAAAAUGUGCAUUGUCAUAUGCAAGAAAAUAUUUAUGAGGUUUAAUGCUCCUGCGGGCAAAAAACGUAGAUUUUAGCUCUGAAUAAUAAUUGCCUUUUUUUCACCUUUAAGGUUGUUUCGUCAAUCCAAAAGAAAUUCUAACCAAUGCCUUUAACAUUGUGUGUCAGUUCUUGUUAUUUUAAUUUUUGCUUGUAUGUUGAUUAUUUAGUUCAACUUAUAUAAUUUUAUUUUUAAACUCAUCGUAAAAUUUGUCAGUUCACUUUUUCAAAUUAA